AUACGCUAACCAUCUUCUUCACUUAAACUCCAUUAACAACUCCAGAGAGCUCAUGGCGACGACGACCCUCGUCAGCAACCUCUCUCUCCCGAGUCAACUCGGCAACUCGAGGCCCGACUCGCUCAAGCCCAACCCUUUCGCCGUUAAUUUCAAACGCUCUUUCGCGGCAAUCACUGUUCGAGCUUCUUCCACCGCCUUCGUCGAGGCCACUCCAACUGACCCAGUUGAGGUUCAGGAUAAUGAGGCCACCACCUGCAACGACUUGUUUGCUUGUCCUAUAUGCUUUGAUCCAUUUUCAUCAAAUGGUGAGUCUGGUUCUGGGUCAGGUUUUGAAUGUAGCACUUGUAAGAAGACUUACUUUGGCAAUGAGAUACAUUUGGACCUGACAGUGGCGAGCGGUGCCAAGAACUAUGGUGAAUCGAUGCCGGCUGCCACAGAGAUUUUCAGGACUCCGUUGGUAUCUUUCCUCUAUGAGAGGGGCUGGCGACAAAGCUUUUCGGUAUGGGGCGGUUUUCCUGGCCCAGAGAAAGAGUUUGAGUUGAUUAAGGAUUACUUAAAACCAGUCUUGGGUGGUAGCAUCAUUGAUGCUAGUUGUGGGAGUGGGUUAUUUUCUAGACUUUUCGCCAAGAGUGGAUUGUUUUCUCAUGUUGUUGCUCUUGACUACUCAGAAAAUAUGUUGAAGCAGUGCUAUGAGUUCAUUGAAAAGGAAGAGAACUUCCCCAAAGAGAACAUAACUUUGGUCAGAGCUGAUAUUUCUAGGCUUCCCUUUGCUACAAGUUCUGUUGAUGCUGUGCAUGCUGGUGCUGCGAUACACUGUUGGCCUUCACCAUCAGGAGCUGUUGCUGAAAUUAGCAGAAUACUGCGACCUGGUGGGGUGUUUGUUGCGACAACUUACAUACUUGAUGGUCCUUUUUCCUUUGUCCCAUUUUUGAGGGAAGGAACCAAGAGAACAAGGCAAAUAUCGGGCAGCCAAAUCUUCCUAUCUGAAGGUGAAUUAGAAGACAUCUGUACGGCAUGUGGGCUAGUAGGUUUUACAGCCGUGAGGAAUCGGUUAUUUGUGAUGAUCUCUGCCACAAAACCAAGUUAAAUAGCAUUCUUUGCCACGAGGAUCUCCCCAGUUUGUAUAGGGUUGUAUACGGAGUAGGCAUUUGAUGUGAGAUGUGUUUCUCUGAAAGUUCUCUUGAAUUGUAGUAAAGAAACAAUAAUCCUAUAGUUACCAACUUACCAUACCAGAAGGAUGAUAUGACACCUCAAGUUGUUGCAAGUAAAUGAGGUUUCCAUGUGGAACCGUUUGUAUAAAUAUACUCAAGUAUAUCAAGUUUUAUACCAAGUCAUAGUUACCUUGCCACAAGGCAGUAAUGAAA